AUGACUUUUCCAUGUACAAUGAAUUCCUGUGAAGAAUUGAAUGUCACUAAUCUUAUAAUUUCCUUGAUUAAAAAAAAUAAGGUUCAUGAUGAUUUGUUAUGUGUAAAAACUUUAUAUCUUUUUAUAAAAACAAACAAAGUUCCUAUAUCCUUAAAAUUAUAUAAUGAGAAACAAAAUAUCUUUGUAAGCAUAUGCACUAUUAUAUCUAAUAAAUUAAAAAUAUACUUAUAUGAUAUAUUAUGCAAAACCGGAAAUGAAGAGAAAAAAAAUAUAUAUCUAUUCAUAAAAAAAAAUUUAUUUUUAUUAAAUCAAGAUGGUGUUCUCGGUUAUGAUAUAUGUAAUAAUAUACACAAGGCAUGUGUAACUAUAGAAUUGUUUUUAAAAAUUAUAAUUUUGUGUUUUAAACACCUUGAUGAUAAUGAUAAACAUAAUGAUAAACAUAAUGAUAAACAUAAUGAUAUACAUAAGGAUAUACAUAAUGAUAAACAUAAUGAUAUACACAAUGAUAUACACAAUGAUAUACACAAUGAUAUACACAAUGAUAUACAUAAGGAUGUUAUAUUCCUUGCAUGCAUUAAUAAUAUAUCAAUGUUAUUACUUAUAUUAGAAAGUAGAAAUAAUAAUAUGACUAAUGACAAAAUGUGUAAUGAAGAUUUUUAUUUAAUAAUAAUAAAAUAUAUAAAAUAUUUAUUUGUGCAUAUUUAUGAUAACAAAAAUAUAUUGAAUGAUAAAAAUAAUAAACAAGUUCUUUAUUCUUGUCUAACAUGUAUAAUUAAAAAUUUAUUAGAAAAUACCAUAAAACAAAAUAAAAAAAUAAAAUAUAAAACCUUAAAGUUAUUAUAUAUAAUUCUUCAAAAAAUUCAAGAUAUAUAUAUAAUAGAUAUAUUAUUUAAUAGACUCUCUUUAUAUUUAUUUCUUCUAUAUAAAACGUGUGAACCAUCAACAAAUCUAACAAAUUUUAUACUCAAAAUAUUUCUUAUCUCAUCGAAACAAAUACUUUUAUAUUAUUAUAAUAACAAUCAAAUAUUAGAUCAAUAUAAACAAGUUCAUGAAAGUACACAUAAUUAUGAGAACAUAAAUGUAUAUUAUAAAAAAUAUAAACUCUUCUUACAAGAACACAAAAAAAAGGCAUACUACACUUUAUUAACAUUCGAUGGGAAGCAUAAUGUAGAUAGUAAAGAUAGUACAAAGCAUAUGUGUUUACGUAGAAAUACGCAAAAUAAUCAACAAAAUGAAAAUUAUGAUAAUCAUAAAAUAGAUGAUACACAUAUUAUAGAUAACGAUAACAACAGCUUCACGCAACAGUUUAAUUAUGUAAAUAAAUUAAAUUAUACUACACAAAAUCUAUCAAAUAUUUAUUUUUUCUCUUAUUAUAUACUAACUAAUUAUGAUAAAAAUAUAAAAGACAUAUUUCCAUUAUGUAAAGUUAUUAUAGACCAUUACCCUUUAUUAAAUAAAAAUCUUGUACUUAUGAGUUUCAUGUUUAUUCUUUCCGAAAUGUUUUAUGAUAAAAACGAAUAUUGGUUAAAUCACUUGAAUGUCCUAUAUGGAAAUGAGUUAUCUAACUAUUUACAAAGUUAUGAUAUAAGUACACACGACGUGCAUAGUAUUACACAUGUUCUCAAUAAUAAUAAUAAUAGUUGUGAUGAUAAUAAUAUUAAUCAUCAUCCUUAUGACCAGACAUAUAAACAGGUAAAAAAUGUAAAUAUAAAAUCACCACAAUAUGACCAUCAAAAAGAUACGAAGCAAAAUAUAUUAUCACCUCUUCAUAAUGACUUGUCUUUUAUUUUUAAACAUUUAAUAAGAAUGAUAAAAGAAGAUGAUAAAAAUAAUAAUCAUAUUAUUAAUAAUAUUGAAAACUAUUCUGUGGAAUCUUUAAAUUACUACAUUGAAAAUUAUUACUUCAAAUAUAUGUUUAAUAUUUUUUCAUUUAAAAAACAAGAAAAUAAAUAUCUUCUCAAAUAUUUAAAAGGUUAUAUCUAUUAUAGAUAUAUAUUCAACAUCAUAUAUCCUAAUUUAUCUCCUGAACAUUUUACUAUCUUCCAUAAUAUAUUAGAUUUAUAUAUAGUCUCUAAUUUUAAUUCUAUACAAAAUGAAAAUCUUCUUGUUUCAUCAUAUACACAGAAAAAUAUUUUAAGCGAGAAUAAUAUUAUAUAUUCUUUAGACUUUUUUGUUCAAGAAAAUAUUACAAAAGAUUUUGAUAAUCUUAAUAAAUAUGUGCAACCUAUGAAUGAGUGUGACCAAGAGUAUGAAACGGCUUCCUUCUCCUUUGAAAAAUUUAAAAACAUAAAGGAACCUUUUAAAAAUGAAAACAUCACGCUUAUUAACGAAGUCAGCAUGUUCUCUCUUCUUUUUAUAGAACGAAAUAUAAUAGACAACUUUCUAGAUGACGUUAUUUUUGCCGCCUGGGAUAACGUUGAAAAAAAUGAAAAAAUAAAAAUUCAUGCGCAGUAUAAAAUAGAUCCAUCAGAACAUAUGAACAAACGAUCACAUGAUAAUGUAACGAAAAGAUGGUGGGAAGAGAUUUACUACUAUGUAGAUAAUAACGACACAAAUAAAAUGAUAAUGAAAGGUGAAGAGAAAAAUGAAGAAAAAGAAAAAUAUAUAUUAAAAUAUAAAUAUUUGCAUUUCCUUAAUUAUUACUUGGACUCCUUAAUUCUUAUGACAUAUAUCUACCUUCAAAUGGAUAUAAGAGGAAUUAAAAGGUACCCUAUAACGUUUAGAGCAUAUACAAAUUCGGACAUGGAAAAUAAUAAUAAUAAAAGUGAUGGUAGUAAUAAACGUGAUGGUAGUAAUAAACGUGAUGGUAGUAAUAAACGUGAUGGUAGUAAUAAACGUGAUGAUAGUAAUAAGCGUGAUGGUAGUAAUAAACGUGAUGGUAGUAAUAAAAGUAAUAAAAGUAAUGGUAGUAAUAAAAGUAAUAAAAGUAAUAAAAGUAAUGGUAGUAAUAGUCGUUGUAAUAAAAAGAACAGAAAUUAUUUUAUCAAAGCUAUGCAACACGAUAUAAUGAAAAGUAUCUUAUAUGAAUAUUAUCCUAUGUUUAAUAAUUAUUUUAUCUUAGGUAUAAUAAUCAAAAGAAUACACGACAAAAUAAAUAUUAAAAAUAUGGUAGAAAAAAUUAUGCUUUUUCUUGGUUGUAAUAAAGUAAAAAAAAAUUAUAAUAAAUUAACAAAGGAAAAUAUACAACAUAAUACAAAUGAUAAUUAUAUGAAUUAUCAUACAUCACUAGUAAUGAUUUGUUUAAAUAAAGCCUUCUAUUUAUCAUAUCUAUGUAUGUACCAUGAACUAAUAGAAAAAAACUUUAUCAAAAAUUUUGUUUAUUUACUCUUAAAAAUGAAUAAUGCAUGCAAUUAUAAUAAAGAUCUAGCCAAAUAUACUAUAAUAAAUAUAUAUUAUUAUAUAAAACAAAUAAAUAAAUUUAAAAAUAUAAAACAGGAUACACAAAAGAAUCUAUGGUUUAAUUAUAAUAUUUAUGACAAUUUACACAUGCAUCAAAAAGAAAAAUAUAAAAAUAGAUUAUCACAAAAUCAACCUUUUUAUAUUAUUAACAAUAUCCAACAACAUAAAAUUAUUAAUAUAAUUAAUUAUCAUCAUCAUGUUUUAUCUUCCUAUAUGUAUAAAAAAAUUAUUAACAUCGAUUCAAUAAAAAACGCUACGAAAAUAUUAAAGUUGACACAAUUUCUAGUUAUGUACAAUUAUUAUACUUAUUUAUACCAAGAUGUAUGUCUCAAUAUUAUUAAAUAUACCAAGAAAACAAAUUUUUCUUAUCUAACUAAAGAAAUUAAAAAUCAACUAUAUUUCCUCAUCCUACAAAUCUUUAAUUACAUACUUUAUUUAUAUUAUAAAUAUGUAAAUCACAACAGAAUAUAUAUAUGUGAGAAAAAUCAAUAUUUUGAACAAAUAAAAGAAUACAUCUUUAAGGGUAGUAUCUAUGUAAAUCUUCAUCAUCUCUCAAAAAAAAUAAAAAAUCAAGAGCAAAGGGAUUUAUCCAGAAAUACAAAUGAUAAAGUUGUGAAAAAUAUGAAUAAUGAUAAUAUAAACAAGACAGUUAAUUAUAAUAAUAAUCAUAAUAAUAAUCAUAAUAAUAAUCAUAAUAACAAUUGUAAUAAUGUUAAGCCUUAUACUAUUCAGACAACUCAAAAAGAUAAAACAUUUAUCAAACCAAAGGAUCAUCUACCCAUUUUCCAACAUAACGAAGAAGAGAAAAAAAAAUUAUUUUUACAAAAUUACAUCUUCUUCAAAUUAUAUAAAGAUAUAUUCAAUCAAAAUUACACAGAUAUAAUAAUUAACGAAAAGAUAAAAACAAAACAUGAACAUAAAAUUAAAGAUCUUAUAAAUAAUUACAUAAAUGACCUAAACAAAAAUAUAAAUAAAACAAAAAUUUCAAAUCUACUUAUUGAUGAUGAUUUCAAUGAUCAACCAAAAGAAAAAAAAAACAAUAACCUAAAUCAUGUUCAAAAUUUAUGUGAUAAUAAUUAUUUUAAACAUUAUAAUCAUAACGAUUUCAUGUCGUAUGCUCACAUUCGAUAUACUACAUCUCACAUUUUUCAUUUUACGAAAGUUUUCCUCUACAACGAAAACUUGUAUUUAAGAUUCAGCGCCCAUCUUUGCAUACUCAGAUGCCUGUAUAUUUUUUCUACCAGACUUUAUGAGCUGUAUCCUAAGAUUCAUCAAAUAUGGACAUAUUUGAAAAUCAAUUUUUUUAAAAAUAAUUAUAUGAAUGAUAUCCUUGUUUUGAAAAUAAUAAAUUAUAUAAUAACAAUAGAUGACAAAUUCUCAGUGGAUAGAAUUUUAAAUGAGAUAUUUCCACAAGUGUUCGAUAGAAUAAAAACAUUCGAAACGAAUAAAGAAAUAUGUAAACAGAGUUAUGAAUACAAAUUUUUACAGAACACUUUACUAUUUUUUUUAAACAUUUCAAGACAAGAACAAUAUUUCGAAAAAACUCAUUCUCAUAUAUUUUUCUUCUGUUUAAAAUGCCUUAACAGAAUAAUGAAUGAAGAAAUAAAAAAGAUAUCUUUAAAUAUAAUAUGUAAUUUAUAUCUUAAUGACAUUCCCAAGAUAAAGAAAGGUAUUGAUAGUAUUAUAUGUAUUAAGGAUAAGAUAAGUUUCUUAUACGAUGAUAAAAAGUUAUAUAACACAAACGAAAAAUAUAUUAUGGAUAAUUUGUUUAUAAAAGAAAAAGUACGGGAUAUAGAAAUAAUGGAUGUGUUAAAUUAUUUAUCAUGUAUAUUAAAUAUAAGAAAUCUAAAGCAAAUCAUUUCCUUAAUAAUUAAUAUAGAUAUUAUUUCUCUUCAUUUUCUAAUCUUUUAUAUGUCUAUAUUAAAUAAGCAAUAUAAAUAUAAAUGUAGAUUCAAUCAACACACUCUUAUGGUGUUUGAUCAUUUUAAGGAUUGA